AUGGACAUUGACUAUACGACAAAACCAAACCUCACUGAGCUAGAAUCAUCAGUACUUACUGAAUAUCAAAACAUCAAUGCCACCUUGAUCAAAAUAAACCAAGGCUUAAAGGGUCUCACUAAUAAAGAUGAUGCCGACGGGGGUGAAAGUAUACGGCUGGUUGAAACGUUGAGACAGAUGGAAACAAAACUACUGCUUAUUUACACAUUCUUUAGAGGUGCGGUUUAUACGCUAUAUGCUGAUGUUGGAGAAGGUGCCGGAGAAGAAGAAGAAGUAGAAGAAGAAGAGGAAGAAGAAGAGGAAGAAGAGGAAGAAGAUUAUGGUGAUGAUGGUUUGGCUGGAAAUAUGGACCAAACAGACAUCAAAAAUGAUGGCUAUGAGCAUCAAGGAGAGUACGACAAAGGCACAAACGAGCUACUGAGUAUAUCUGACACAUGA